CCGCCGGCCACCGCGCGCCAAGAUGGCGGCCUACCUGCAGUGGCGCCGCUUCGUUUUCUUCGAGCGCGAGGCGGUGAAGGAGCCGCCUGGGCCCGAUGGUGGCGGGAAACCUCUGGCGCUACCUCCAGGCCUCGCGGUUUGCGACUCGGGCCGCGGCAGCCUCGUCUUCGGCGAUAUGGAAGGUCACAUCUGGUUCUUGUCACGUUCCCUUCAACUUAGCAGCUUCCAGGCUUAUAAACUGCGAGUGACCCACCUGUACCAGAUGAAGCAGCACAAUAUUUUAGCUUCUGUUGGUGAAGAUGAAGAAGGUAUUAAUCCCUUGGUUAAAGUCUGGAACCUGGAGAAGCGAGAUGGUGGGAAUCCACUUUGCACAAGAAUUUUUCCUGCAAUACCAGGGAACAAACCCACCGUUGUGUCCUGUUUAACUGUCCAUGAGAAUCUUAAUUUCAUGGCUAUUGGUUUUGCAGAUGGGAGCGUUGUGCUCACAAAAGGGGACAUCACACGAGAUCGACACAGUAAGACCCACAUUUUGCAUGAAGGCAGUUACCCAGUUACUGGCCUUGCCUUUAGGCAGUCUGGCAAAACCACACACCUCUUUGUUGUAACCACUGAGAAUGUCCAGUGCUACACAUUGUCUGUGAAGGAUUAUCCUCGUCUGGAGCUGGACACUCAUGGUUGUGGCUUGCGCUGCUCUACCCUCAGUGACCCCUCUCAGGAUCUCCAGUUCAUUGUGGCAGGAAAUGAAUGUGUCUAUCUGUACCAGCCAGAUGAGCGAGGUCCCUGCUUUGCUUUUGAGGGGCAGAAGUUGAUUGUUCACUGGUAUCGGGGAUACCUCGUCAUUGUUUCCAAGGACCCAAAGUGCUCUCCAAAGUCUGAGUUUGCUGGGAGUGAUCCGCAGAAUUCAGACAAGCAACUCUUGAACAUCUAUGACCUGUAUAACAAAUUCAUCGCCUACAGCUCAGUUUUUGAUGAUGUGGUUGAUGUGUUAGCUGAGUGGGGGUCUCUCUACGUGUUGACCAGAGAUGGGAAAAUCCAUGCACUGCAAGAGAAGGAUACACAAACCAAACUUGAGAUGCUGUUCAAAAAAAACUUGUUUGAGAUGGCGAUUAACCUGGCCAAGAGUCACCAUUUGGACAGUGAUGGCUUAUCGGAGAUUUUCAGGCAGUAUGGAGAUCAUCUGUACAACAAAGGGAACCAUGAUGGAGCUAUUCAGCAGUAUAUCCGCACCAUUGGAAAACUAGAGCCAUCUUACGUCAUUCGGAAGUUCCUGGAUGCUCAGCGCAUCCACAACCUGACAGCCUACUUGCAGACGCUCCAUCUGCAGUCCUUGGCCAAUGCAGACCACACCACGUUGCUGCUGAACUGCUACACCAAGCUCAAAGACAGUUCCAAAUUGGAAGAGUUCAUCAAGACUAGUGAGAGUGAAGUUCACUUUGAUGUGGAGACAGCAAUCAAGGUGCUCCGCCAAGCAGGUUACUACUCCCACGCUGUGUACCUGGCAGAAAAGCAUGCGCACCAUGAAUGGUACCUCAAAAUCCAGCUGGAGGAUAUCAAGAAUUACCAGGAGGCCUUGCGUUACAUUGGCAAGCUGCCCUACGACCAGGCAGAGAGCAAUAUGAAGCGGUAUGGCAAAACCCUCAUGCACCAUGUCCCCAACGAGACCACAGAACUGUUGAAGAUCCUGUGCACAGAUUACCGGCCAUCGGGAGACUGUGAAGGGCCUGGGAUGCUGGAGGUGAAAAAGGCUAAUUCCGAGGAGUUCAUUCCAAUAUUUGCAAACAACUCUCGGGAGCUGAAGGCUUUUCUGGAGCACAUGACAGAAGUGCAGCAUGACUCUUCCCAAGGUGUCUAUGACACGCUGCUGGAACUCCGGCUUCAGAACUGGGCACACGAACGGGAUCCACAGAUCAAAGAGAAACUUCACAGUGAAGCCAUCACCUUACUGAAGAGUGGAAAGUUCAGAUGUGUCUUUGAUAAAGCCUUGGUCUUAUGUCAGAUGCACAACUUCAAGGAUGGAGUCCUCUACCUCUAUGAACAGGGCAAACUUUUUCAACAGAUCAUGCAUUAUCACAUGCAGAAUGAGCAGUACAGGAAGGUGAUUGAGGUAUGUGAGCUGUAUGGAGACCAAGAGGCAUGUCUCUGGGAACAGGCUCUCAGCUAUUUUGCCCGGAAGGAGGAGAACUGCAAGGAAUACAUCACAACAGUGCUGAAACGCAUAGAAAACAAGAACCUCAUGCCUCCACUGCUUGUUGUGCAGACUCUGGCUCACAACUCCACAGCCACACUAUCUGUGAUCAAGGAUUAUCUGAUCAACAAGCUGCAGAAGCAGAGUCGUCAGAUUGAGCAGGAUGAGCAGAGGAUUCAGAAGUACCGUGAAGAAACCACAAAGAUCCGCCAGGAGAUUGAAGAGCUCAAAACAAGUCCCAAGAUCUUCCAGAAAACAAAAUGCAGCAUCUGUACAGGUGCCCUGGAGCUGCCGUCUGUCCACUUCCUGUGUGGCCAUUCGUUCCAUCAGCACUGCUUUGAGAGCUACUCUGAGAGCGAUUCUGAGUGUCCCACCUGCAUGCCGGAAAACCGCAAAGUGAUGGACAUGAUCCGAGCCCAAGAGCAGAAGAGAGACCUACACGAUCAGUUUCAGCAUCAGCUUAAGUGCUCUAAUGAUGGCUUCUCCGUUGUUGCUGACUACUUCGGUCGUGGGGUUUUCAACAAGCUCACCCUCAUCACUGACCUGCCGCCAGGCAAAUCUGCCACGACUAUUGAUGCUGGUCUGCAGAGGGAACUCCUCAUACAUACGAAACGCAGCACCUAGAGUCUGCUCCCACGUCGGACGCCACCCUGCUAGGUCCUUCUAGCGUGGCAUGUGUAUGUCGAGGGACUCGGCUAUUGCAUCUUGAUUUCUUGAAUUCCUCCAAUGACUUGUAAACCCGCCAGUGACGAGAUAAGAGGAAGAUGGA